ACAAGAAGGGGCAACAGGAUGUAAAAAAUAACCAGAAUAAACAGCAUUACAAUUUGAUGACAUUUGAAAAUCAUCCUUGUUCUGACAUAAGGCUUCCACAUUUUUAAAUAACAAGAGUGACAUACAUUUAUUUUACCUACUCAAUAAAAUAUCGUCUUGUGUCGAUGACCUCAAAUUUUAUACUGUAAGAGUGAUCCAGCAGUUGUAGAGUUAACUUCCCAAAUUACAUCACUACUUUCUCUACCAUUCUGUCUUCCCACCCCUUCUUUUCACUCCUCUGCCCACCCCCUUUUUUCAUUGUCUAUGAAAGGAAUGUCUUUCUCGCCCCUGUCCAUUCAGCCACUGCAUGGGUCUGUGGGCCAGACCUCAACCUCAAUCCUGUCAUUAUACUCAUUUAGCAGCCACAAAGACCUACAGCCCUUCACAGCCUCUUUGCACAGAUCUAUUGUCUUAUACCACAGUUCACAUCACUCUGAGAUGGAGCUUCUUGGUGUCCGACAGCCCGUCAUCCGUUUUAGGGAGGAAAAGUAUCAGAUGCUGGAGCUCAACCAGCGCCUUGAAUCGUACUUAUGCCGCGUGAAGCUUCUGGAAGAGGAGAACAAGCUACUACAACAGGAGAUCUACACUAUCAAGAAGAGCAGCAAUCCAACAGGCCAGCGCAAAACUCAAGAGGAGGCACUCAGCCUGGCCAGGAGGAUGAUGGAGGAGGCCUGGAGGGAGAAAGACCAUGUGGAGCUGGAGGUGGACAACUUAAUGGAAGAUAUGGAGAAGGUGGGCAUUCGAAGACAGAACGAAAAGAUGGCAAAGGCUGAUGCACAGAGAAGACUUUCAGAGAGCAGAAAGGAGUUAGAAGAGGAGCAGAGAGCUCAGAUUUACCUUAGAAAGAAGGUUGCCCAUCUUGAGAGCGAGCUUCUGCUACAUAUACAAGUCCACCAGGAGAACAUGGAAUCCUUGCAGGCCUCUCUUAAACAGGAAAAGCAAGUAUUGAUGGCUCCUCAGCCCAAACAUAUUCCCAGCAUACCUGACCUGGGACAGGAGUACAGCCACAGAGCAGCUGAAAUAUGGCAGGAGGCAACCACCAACUAUCAGAGACAGGUUGAAUGCCUAGAGGAAAGUCUACACCAGGCCAAAGCAAACAUGGCACAGAUUCACCAGGAGAAGAGAGAGAACCAGCAUCAGGUUCAGCAUCUGGCCAAGGAGCUUGAGAGUACUAAGACCAAGAGAGAGAUGCUGGAGAAGCAUGCAGUGCGACAGAGAGAAGAACACAGACAGGAGCUUCAACGUCUCCAGGCUCAAGUAGAUACUCUGGAGGUGGAGAAAGGCAGCCUGGGGCAGCAAAUAGACAGCCUGAUGGUGGACAGACAAAACCUGCUGCAGGUGAAGAUGUCUCUUGGAUUGGAGGUGGCCACAUACAGAGCUUUGCUGGACAGUGAGGGCCCGAGAAACAAAAGACCAACAAGAAACAAGACCAGCUCUGCUUUCUUUUUAGAGGCACUCUCAAAGCCCACUGGGAACCACCUAACCUCACAGACCACUGCUGCUUCCUGCCAUUUCAGCAGUAAUGUGUCUACAAGUCACAGAUCAAUCCCCUCCUCUCACACUCUGCUGACCAGUGCGACUCCAACAUGGACCCCGACCCUAGAGACUCCACAAAGAACACCAACCAAAACCUCAGCAACAAAUGAGACCAGGGUUAAAAUCUCUCAGGAGACCAUGAAACCUACAGAAGAGUCUGUAGAUCAUUUUAUGCCAGAGAAUGUCCAUGACGUCAUGUCCCUUGCAUCGACUCUCCUCCAAACAGUUGCAGACAGUGUCACUGCAGAACCUGAACAUAAACCAGAAGAUGGUGACGUUCAGAAAGAGGAUGAACCAAAACAAUCUCUGGCAGCUCAAUUGGUUGAAUCUAAAACUUAUAUAUCUGCAUUAAUAAGUGUGUCAACUGACCAACCAAGUAGCCUCUCACAAACUUCAGCGACAGAAAGCUGGGCUGGUCCAUUCAAAGAUAGUACAGAAGAAGUUUCAGAAGAAGGUAAGGAUGAAGACACAGAAGUGUCUAUGGAAAUAGCUCGGAUCUCACAUGCACAGAGGGUUGCUUGGGAGGAAAAUAAAAGCGUUGCAGAAGACGAAAAAGAAGAUGUCUCUGAGAAGGAUGUAAGAUCAGAGAACAUUAAUGAAAGUCACAUAUUCGAAUAUGGAGGAACAGAGAGUAAUGAUUAUGCAUUUACAUCCAGCCAGGUCAGAAAAAACACAAAUAACCAGGCAUCAUCAUUGCUAGAGCAAGGACCUUUAUAUUCUGUGGGUGGUUUAGGCUAUAUGGAAGAAAUAAAUGAAGAUUUGAUGAGGGCAGAUGAACAGCACACUGCGAUUGAUAUCAGUGAAGAGAUGAUGGAGCUAAUGAACAGUGAAACUGAGGCAGUGAUUGACACUAUGUGGGACAGGCAGGAAGAAGAUGAGGGAGAGAAUGAGAGGAAAGACAUGAGUCCUGACUCUGAGAUGGAAGAUGAGGGUGAAAUGGGAAUGGAGGAGAAGGGAAUAGAGAAUGAGAUUAUGGCUGAAAGAGAACAUGAAGAGAUUGAGGUGUUUGAGGCAGACAUUGCUGUGCAGGAGGAAAGCCUUCCUCGUCCAAGAGGAGAAACCGUAGACCUUGAUCAUCAUGAGAGUCUAGAAAGUACUGUACCACCUGCUGAACUCCAUGAUCAGACAUUAAACAAAGAUCAUUCUUUGCCUGAGGAGUAUGAGAAAGAAGAAAACCAAUGUGAUGAAGAUGACUCCCCAAACAUCUCUGGCUCUUUGAGAACUGAUCCUGGUGAGUGUGACAGCUACAUUCAGGAGAACACACUUGCAGACACUCGUCCCUUGAUUCAUUAUAAGAGUGAUGAGGAAACAGAUAUGAAUCCACAAGCCUCACAUGUUGGAGACAGUGAGACCAGUGACAUUGAGGAUGAGAAAAACAGAAUGGACGGAGGCCAGUGGGGUGAGAACCCCUCGAAACGUUUCAACACCAUGGAGGAUCUCUCAGAAGAACCAGACAUGGAUGUCAUUGGAGAGAUGAUGACAGAAGAGAUUGUUCAGACAGAAGAAGCACUAGAUAAUAGAGAGUAUAUGAUUCUUCAUAGUGAACACGAUGACUCUAGAAGCCACGAAAGUUUGGUGGUUGACGAGGUGGAAAAAGAAAGUGCAAGGAAUGAACCCAAGGAAAACCAUGAAGAAGAAGGAGAUGAUAUUUUGAGAGAUGAUGAUCAAGAUCUCAAGGUUGAUGAGCAAAAUGAGAAUCUAUGUCCCAAACAGGCCAACCAGGCUGAUGAAACAGCCAAUUUAUAUAAUAGUAAAGAAAAUGUCAACAUGGAACCAUUUUCAUGUUUUAACCAUCCAUCCUCAUUGCCAGAUAUGGCAUUCCCUGAAAAGUCCCAGCAAAUACAGCCUGAAAGUUUCAUUGACGUUUCAUCAACUCUGACCUUGAUCCAAGACCCAAAUUUUACCAAUGAACCACCUAUUGAAGAGGAAGAUAACCAGAACAUAUCCAUUCACACUAAUGUGGAUCUCAUGGACAAUCUCUCUUUGGAGCGUGAGAUAAAUAGCCAGCUAGACAUGCCCAACUCUGACUUUGAAGAGUGCAUUAGUUCAGAAGAUGAGUCUCCAAAUGCCAGCCAGUACUUUCAGAAACCAACCCUUUUAGAACCGUUUACUUUCAAUGAAGAAGCAUUAAACUUGGGAGGUCAAUUUACUAAUGAUGGAGUCUACAAGGCUGACAAUGAUGUGCCUGAAGAAGUGAUUAGCAAGGACUUAAUGGAGAAGAGUACUGAAGAACAUAACGCUUCUCAGAUUGAUGAUUGGGAGAUUCCCAACAUCGGGAGCACAAGCAAAAGCAUGCCAACUGCAGAAGAGAUUACUCACAGUAUGGAUGGAAACACAGGCCAACUUUCUCCAUCGCAUGAGACUGAGAAUUUGGACAGCCCAAAACAAAUGCUGAGUGAAGCCAAAAACAUCUUUGGCAUGACAUUUUUUGAAGAGCAUCUUGAAAGGGAAGUGGAGAGCUUUUCCAAAGAAGAAUCAAGUAUGAUAGAAAUCUUCAAAAGAAACAAUCAAGAGGAGGAGGAAUUCCAGUCUAAGGAAAAGGAAAGUGAGAUUCACAGCUUUUUUAGCUCUAAUUUGAAGGAAGAUAACUGGAGCGAAGGAAAAAUGGAGAUGGCAGCUGCGUACGCCCCAUGUGAAAAUUUUGCACAUGAUCCCAUCCACUUAAACCAGAGUAUGGUGUUUGGAGAGGAGUGGAGAGGUUUGGGGGUCAUGUCAGCAGCUAAUGGAAAUACUAAAGAAGAGAUGGUCAUUCUCAAAAGCCAGUCACAGGAUAAGAAGCUGCAAUAUAAGGAUAAACAGACAGAGCAAAAGGAGAUGGUCCAGUCUGAUGACUCUGUUGAUGAUGGGGAUUCCUGGUCCUCUGGUGAUGAGUAACAGCUUUACGAAAACAAACGAUAAAAUGUUUUAAUAUUAGCUCUGGCCAAUUACAUGUUUUGAACAGUUAACACAUAACCAAAAACUUAGAAAAGUGAAGUAAUACCAUAUAUAGAUAGAUAUAGAUAGAUAGAUGGAUAGAUAGAUAGAUGGAUGUACUAUUAGUGAGAGAGUUCACCCAAAAAUGAAAUUGUAAAAAUGAUUUACUAACCCUAAUAAUGUUCAGAAUCCAUAUGACUUUUUCCACUUCCAUGAAACAGAAAAGGCGAUGCUAGAAACAUUUUUAGGGACUGACAACAGGAACAAUUCACUUUCUUUGUAUGGAAAAAGAGCAGCAUCAGCAUUUUCCAAAAACAUUUCUCAUGCUUCCACAGAAGUUUUUGAAUUAGAUGAGGAUGACUAAAUUAUUAUAGAAUUUUGAUUUUUGGGUGAAGCAACCCUUUAAGCCAAAGUAGAAAGUCAAACACAAAUCGCACCUUUAUACAUCCACAAAAAUGAAACUUGAUAAGACAUAGAGUGGAACUUGUUGUAUAAAGGAAUAGUUCUCUGGGCAGAGAGAAUAAUUUAUGAUAAAAAUUACAUAUUGAUCUGUUUCUCACCCACACCUAUCAUGUCUGAACACAUGGAUUUAACCACUGGAGUCAUAUGUAUUACUUGUAUGUAGGGAUGGGAAUCGUAAGGAAUUUUACAAUUCCUAUAUUUUUUUAAAAUUCCAGUUCCUUAAUGGUUCCAGUAAUGAUUCCAGUAAAUCUUUUAGUACUUUAAAAGAAAAAAAUAUUUAGAAAUGAGAAAUACAAUUGUUAUUGCAUUUACUACAAUCUGCUGCCUGUUACCAAAUAAUGAGAUCAUUUCAGAUUUGUACAGAGCAAAUAUAACAAAUCAGAAAUAAAUUGAAUACAGUUCUUGUAAAUGGUGUGUUUGCAGACUUUUUAGAGUCAUAUACACAAUCCAAUAAUUGAUCCUUUAUUAUGUUAAAUAAAGAAAUCUAAACCAACAUUAAAUGUGAUGGUAUAUUUUAUUAAUUUAUUUAUUAUUUUAUCAAAUUCCACAUAUUACAGAAACACUUUUUUACUUUUAUUCUGGAAGCGCUGUAUGUUUCACGCUGUAGAUUCAAAAGAGCUCAGAAUGGUUCUUUCUGGAUCGGACUAUACCAGAAGCGCCAUAUGUUUUGGACUGUUGAUUCAAAAGAAACGACUCCAUUGAAUAAUCAUUUCGUGAAUCGUGUACCAGAAAUGCAUAUGUCUCGCACUGUAAAAAGAGUCAGCUCGAGACUCGUUAGAUUGGGAAUUAAAUACACUGGUAGAACUGUGAGUUUUACUCUGUAGAGUGAGUAGAGGGCAGCGCUGCUGCAGAGAUGUGCUGCUGGAAACACUGUCAGAGUAUUUCAGGACGGUAUUCCAGCCACAUUGGCUGGAAAAUUGCACGCUGGAGAACCGUUAACGGAAACGAAAGUCACGAAUAUCGUACGAUUCCAGUUUUUUUUUAAAGAACGGAACUGGUUCUCGGUUCCCAGCCAUACUUAUAUGCUCUUUUAUGUGUAUUUUGGAGCUUCAAAAUGGUCACACCCAUUCACUUCCAUUGUGAGGAACUACAGAGAUAAAAUAUUAUUUUAAAAAUCUUAUUUUGUGUUCUGCAGAAGAAAGAAAAUCAUACACAUAUGGAUGGCAUGACGUUGAGUAAAUCAUGAGAGAAUUUUCAUUUUUAGGGUGAACUAUCCCUUUAAUGUAAUUUCUCCUUAAGUAACAGCAUGGCAUAAUUUGCCAGCUGUCAUGGCAGCUGAAGAAGAAGGCAUUAUGCUUGCUGAUGGCAGUGGGCAGAAAGGAUCCUAAGUAAUGCUUUUUAGAGAUUUACUAUGAAGAUUCAUGUCAUGUUUGAUAUUGGUUCCUGGUGAGAGAUAAUUUUUUUUUAUUAUUACUUUGUGCAUUUGCACUGAUAUUAUAAAAAUUUAUAAAAACAAUAUUAAAUCAAACAUACUUGGAAAUUAUUUUUCAAAAAGUAAUAAAAAG